AGCUGAGUCAUAUUCACAUUUCGUAAUCAGCAAAAGAAGUCGUAAUAGAAGCAAAGUUAAGCUUAUAACGUUCCAAUUUUACCCUUCACCACGGUGUAUUACAAGAAUUUACUUCGCUUACAAAAGAAGAAAGACUCAGUUAUGACAGUUGGACAUCGAAGUCAUCCUAAUCAAGCCCAAAGCGUGGCGAAUACGAUGCAGUAUUUUGCAAAUAUACCAGGCCAAUCUGCCCAUGGAAAGUCGCCAUACAACAACAAUAAAUUCGACGAGCAAACAGUACCGCACGCUUUGUAUCAAUCUCCAGAGAACACCUACAAAGACAUGCAACCAGAUUACCAAGUGGAUCCGUUGGCAUACAAUUCCCAAAAUUAUUAUUCCCAAAAUUAUUCUUACAACACUAACUUUAUGGCAUACCCUAUGUUCCAACCUAUAAACUACGACACAACUUCUGCACUAUUGGGCAACGAACAUCUAGCACAGCGACAGAACUCGAUUCCAAAUGGUUCUCUAGAGCAAUUCCUUGAUAACUCUAGUUUUGAUUAUGAACAAGUUCUUCAGAAUCUUGACUUAACUCAAUACGAGAAUCCAGAGUCGUUCUGCUUAGAAGAUUAUGCAGACCUAGAACAAGUUAACGAAGGAAUGAACUUUGAUGUUGCAGUCAAGCAGGAAAAAGCUGAUGGUGAUAACACUGACGGUAAAAACCUAGAGGAAAUGGAAAAUGUUUUGAACAAUAACAUUUUAAGCACAAAUAAUCCCAUGAUUAAUGUUGUGUCUUCGGAUUUACCUCUUGGUAAUGUCAGAGAUAAUACUGUGAAUCUUGCUAACGACCAGACAUUGGAUGAACAAAAUUUGAUGGAAAUUCUUGAGUUGUACUCUUCACCAAAUUCUGUAGAGUGGCAAUCACAAUCCAACUACUUACCUAAUCAAAUUCCAGUGUCAGGAGAAACUGUUGUCAAAGCUGAGCCUAACACAAACACUCAUAACAGUUGUGACUUUGUAUUGGAUGCUAGUCCUCUUAGUAAUUCUACUGAGGAGGGUUUACAAUCAAUUGGUGUGCCAGAUGAAGAACUUAUACAAAUGCCUGUGAGCAGAUUUAAUGAAUUAAUAUUAUCUCUAACGCCCGAACUGUCAAAUCUUGCAAAGGAUGUUCGCAGGCGAGGAAAGAACAAGCAAGCUGCAAGGUUAUGCCGUAAAAGAAAGAUUGAUAAUAUAUCUUCUUUGGAGGAUACACUUUCACAAUUACAAAAGCAGAAAUCAAAACUUCUGGAAGAAAGAAGAGAAAUUGUUGCAGAAACAGAAGAAAUAAAAUCUAGCAUUGACAUGAUUUGUGAAAUGUUAAUGAAAGGUUUAAACGAACAGAACAUUGGAUCAGAACUCUCACUAUUACAUCACUCUAAUGGACAAACAUUACUUGUACAAAAAUAAAAUGUAUUCAGAGGGUGUAUGCCAUAAGUUGAUAAAUAUGAUAUUUUAGCAGUUGAACUGCAUAUAAAAUUUUAAAUAAUUUUGUAGGCUUGGCUGGUCCAAGCAUAAAGCAUUUUAUAAAGACAACAAGAAAAUAUAUUCAAUAUUUAUAUCUAUUAUUUAUACAAAAAAUAUAUUAUUUAUUAAU